UGACGGUAAAGUCAGACGUGUAUCUAAACGGGAAGUUCAUCCCUAAACAGCCGCUUGAUCAACAGUGGUAUGAUCGCGCUUUGUUACAGUGUGAUAAUAUACUAAUGAAUUCAAAAGAGGAUGUCAUCCGACUUAACGUUAGACUUCGAAAAUCAUCGGCAAUACCCUGCGAUGGAUAGUGAGGCAGGCAUCAUCUCCAUCGAUCAGGAGGGAGAGUGGGACUUAAGCCUGUUCGAUGAGCUGGAGAAACUAGGCGAUGAGCUGCGGGAUGCAGAUGAGCUGCUUGAGGCUCUUGAUAAUGCUGGCUAUGCCAAUGGUGUUCCAGUUCUGGACUUUGACAUCGACAUUCCUCCAUGGAAUGAAAUGGAUACAUGCAGCAUUUCCACAGAUGGUGAGGUGAGCGUGGACUCUCUGUCACCUGCCCACACUCUGAGCUCGGUGCCCUCUCCUGCCUCAGUGGAAGCUUUGUCUCCGUGUUCCUUGCAGGAUGAGGCCCUGUCUCCACAAUCGCAGCCGUCUCCUCUUUCAGUCUGCUCAGAGUCCAGUGGCUUUUCUGAAAUCUCUUCCCCACCUCGAAAAGCUGCAAAGAGGACCAAUCAGGUUGUACGAGCCAAGCCAGUGCAGCCGGUCAAGAAGCCGAUUCAGAUUGGCCCAAAGGUUUCCAUCCAGCCCAAACCACUGAUUACAGCUGUGCCAUUGGCUCAAGCAGCAGCUCCCAUGCAGGCCAAGACAAUCAUCAUCCAGCCCCUGCAGACCACUGUGCUCCCUGUGGUAAAACCAGCUCCAGUCAACAUCAAACCAGCACCCCCUGCAGGUCACCCUCUUUUGCUGUCUCAGCCAAGCCAGCUGCUGCAGAUCCAAACACCACAGGCCAUCUCUGGGAGCGUGGUCACUAUGCCAGCACUCAGCCAGGACUGGUCUGUACCCGUCGCUGCUCCACCAGUGGUUUCGGGCACACUUUUGACCCCAUCCUCAGAGGAUGAUUCCAAGUUGUCCCAGAGACAGCAGCGCAUGAUAAAAAACCGCGAGUCAGCAUCCCUGUCUCGGAAAAAGAAGAAAGAGUAUUUGCUUUCGCUGGAAGCUCGCCUGAAGGUGGCGCUGUCUGAGAACGAGGUGCUCAAGAGUGAGAACGGCAACCUAAAGAAACAGCUGGAGGGGCUUCUGAGCAAGAACACAGCGCUGAAAGCAACAGCACCCAAAAGGAGAGCGGUGUGCCUCAUGGUGGUCGUGGUGUUCCUCGUUCUUAAUGUUGCACCAAUGAGUCUGUUUCAGGGUGGCCCGGGCUCUUCGCUCGAAGUUGCUUCCACGCAGCACAGUGGCAGACACCUCUUGGGUUUCUCACCAGAGGCAGAAAUUGAACGCCUGAUGGGUCCUGACGCUCUUGGCAGCAGGCCGUCUGAGAUGGGCGACAGAUCUGAAGAUAAAGCCCUGAUGGUGGUAAAGGAUCCCAUCUUUGUCAGACCGUCUCCGCCCUGCCAGCCUUCUGUCAACAGGACCAAGUGCAUUGAGCUGGCCCAUGAGUUGAGGGGUUGGGUCCACCGUCACGAAGUUCAGCAGACCAAAUCGAGACGAGAGAAUAACAGCAACCACAAACCCACCAGGACGAUUCUGAAAACAGGAAAUAAGGAGGACGAAGGCAGCCAGAUUGUGACGGUUCAAUACACAGAAACUACUGCGGAAAAGAGUCCUGGCAGUGAGCUGCAGGUGUACUACGCCCCUCGUCACACGUACACCGACUUCUUUGAUGAGCUGAACCGCCGCGGCGACACCUUCUAUGUCGUGUCUUUCCGUAGGGAUCAUCUCCUACUUCCUGCCACCAGCCACAAUAAAGGAAGUCCACCCAAGAUGUCUGUCGUGUUGCCAGCCAUGAACAUAAAUGACAGCAUUAUAAGGGACAAAGACUUUGAGGUGAUGAUGCAGAUUGACUGUGUAGUAACAGACACCAGGAUCCUCCACAUCAGAUCUUCCAGCAUCCCGCCUCUGCUCCGGGUGAACCGCUCUGACACGUUUUACCAGAACUCCCCAGCAGAGAACAAGGUUACGCCUCCUGUCGGCGUGCUAAUGGGGUCUGCGUAAGAUCAUCAGCGACUCCUGCGUUCUUUACACCUCCUCAUUAAAACUCAUAAACGGAAGCACAAGAUAACACCUCAGUUAAUAAUUUUUCUCAUUUUUAUUUGCAUGAAUGUGCUCUGCAGAAAACUAGUCAUUGGAGGUUACAGAGGAAGCUCAAUUUGUCCUCACCGUUCAGCCCCUUUCUGGCUGAUUUCUGGAGCUGGACUGUAAUAGGGUCCAAGCAGCAGCAGACUAGCUCCUUGUGUGGCAACACUGACUUACCCGUGUAACCCCAGAUGCUUUAUGUAAGGGUAAUUGUUUAGCGGCAGGGGGCAGAGCAUUGAACCUUGAGUUACCCCAUCAUAACACAAAUACUUUUACCCCUUACAGCUUACGUUCAGUCGGCUCUUUUUUUCUGCACAAGCUCCAAAGCUCUGUGUGUGUGUGUGUGUGUGUGUGUGUGUGUGUGUGUGUGUGUGUGCUUAAAAAACAUUAAAUACAUUAUAAAAAUGCAUUUUUAUUUAAAAUGACCUGUUUGUUUGUAUCUGAUUGCUAUAAAAUGGAGUGCUAUAAUAAUUUCUUUCUGUCUCUGAAUAAAGCAAAUCUGAUCAGUGAUGUAUCAGACAUGACAGAUGAGUUAUCUGCAGCAACAGAGGCACAAACUCAGGAAGUUAAGUGAUCUUUGAACCCUAUCUGGCUAAUUGCUCUGUUAUCUGCUGGUUUCUAUUGCUGUUGAUGAAGAUUUUCACUAGUUAAUUUUUUCGGGUCUUUGCUGUGUUUCUAUAUUCAUGGACAGGUUUGGAUAUUGUACAUAUUUAUUGCUGUUAUUAUGUAACAGCACACAUCUGUGGUUUAAUCCAAUUCCCUCAUUUUUUUCCUUUGAAAAAUUCAGUAGUCAAGUUUUUUUUUCUUUCAUUUUUAUUUUGGGGAUUUUU